CAGCGUGUCACAGUGCUCAACUUAAUGUUAAGCAAGCAGACAGCGUUCCUUGGAGCAUUCACUAAGGAUGACAUGGAUUUUGGUGUCCAACUACCUGCUCCUUCUGGGCAUGUGGUACCCUGGAGACUGCUUGGGGGUGGAGUCUGACAUGGAAAGCAGAAACUGGGAGUGGGGGUCUGGUCUGCAGGAGCUUCUGCACAGUUUUCCUGCAGACAGUCCCUUUGUGACAGAGUCGCCUGGAAGGCCAGCCAACUGCACUCAGCGGUUUUGGCUGCCUCCGUCAUCAGCCGUGUGCUGGGAUGACAUCGCAGGGCCAGAGGAGUUUGAGCAGACCCGUCUGCUGGUGCUUCAGAACCGGGCAGCACUGCAUGCUGUGUCCCAGGCUAGUGGCCUAGAGGAAGGUGGAUCUUCCUAUGACCAACAGGCCAGAGAAGGCAUGGAGGGAGUUCGGGCAGAGCACCUCAGCAUUGCACAGACAGUAGACUCUAUACAGAAGGUCUUCUUCAGUUUGGAGGAGAAGAGGAAGCAGGGAGGGGAGCUCUAUACCUACUCCAGUUUAAAGGAGCAGAUUAGAAACACUAUGGACUCCAUAAAUGGCAAGGAACAGAUGGCAGCCCUCCUGGAACAACACCUCUCUAAUCUAGAGAUGACCUUAGACUCCAUGCAACACCGACUAACCAAACUACUGGCAUACUAAAAGGUGUUAAAAUGGAUAAUUCAUGAUACACUUGAGUGCAAUGCAUGCCUAUGAUGAAGCAGAAUUUAACAUAAAAAGCAGGCUUAAAACAGUCUAUAGUGUAUCUUUUUUAGCUAUUGUAUAUUUUUGUCUUUAAUGAUGUUAUCAAGUUUGGCAUUCUUUCAGUUAUUUUUAUUGACCCUGUGUUCCCCUAACACAGUGACAAUAAAAUAUAUUUUCAGGCUCACAGCUUCCAGGCUGUUCCAUAGUGAUCUAACAUACUGCUGUGUUUGACACUUUCAGUAAUGCCCUUAUUUAAAAAAAAGAAAAAAAUGUUUUACCCCAAUCAAUUAACAAGCUUUUCAAUGAUGGAGAAAAAGUGAAAGUAAUCAAAUAAAAUGAAGUUUAAAAAAAAAAUCACAAUUUUUAAAUUUAUUGAAAACAUACCAAUCAUACAGUACACUAUACAAAAUGUCAAACACAUUACAAAUUUCAAGUAAAAACAUUCACAACUUGGAAAUUUAGUGCGUGGCCAGACUACCAAUAGCAUAAAAAACAGCUUUGCUCAGUAAGCAGUUUUCACACCCUACCCUGAAGCACAGCAGCGAAUGCACAUAGGUAUACUAUAAAUGGAAUCCAUAGAAAAUUUGCUAUGAAACUAGAUCUCCAGUUAAUCAGUGCAUAAUUUUGAUUAUUAGACUAACAAAAAAAAACCCGUACAUCUUAUCCAUUUAUUUCACUUGAACAAUGUACGUAUUGACAUUUAUCCACUUUUUUUUCCUCAGCAGGUGUGACAAAAAGUGAGACAGUGUAAUGCCCAUUCAAAGAUACACAGAAACUAUUUUAUGCCCUGGGCAACACUGCUUUCAAGGCAUCUGUGUCUCAGGGAUUUGAGCCAGCUAUUGAUAUGCAUACAAUAAAGGACUGUAUGAGUGAACAAGGAGCUUCUCAAAGAACUUGGGUAAGACAUACAA